UCUAGAUGCCUUCUUGAGCUUGCUUGUGGCCACCCACAGACACUUGUAAGGAGGAGAGAAGUAAGCAUAGCAGAGACAUUCUGAAAUGAGGAAAUAGAGACUGAAAUCCAAGGAGCAAGAGCUACAGCCAGAACACGAGAGAGCAAGCCCUGAAGACACUUCUACUGAGAGGUCUGCCAUGGCCUCUCUUGGCAUCCAACUUAUAGGCUAUAUCUUGGGCCUCUUGGGGCUGUUGGGCACCCUGGUGGCCAUGCUGCUCCCCAGCUGGAGAACAAGUUCUUAUGUCGGUGCCAGCAUUGUGACAGCAGUGGGCUUUUCAAAAGGCCUCUGGAUGGAGUGUGCUACACACAGCACAGGCAUCACCCAAUGUGACAUCUACAGCACCCUUCUAGGCCUGCCUCCUGACAUCCAGGCUGCCCAGGCCAUGAUGGUGACGUCCAGUGCAAUCUCCUCGUUGGCCUGCAUUAUCUCUGUGGUGGGCAUGAGAUGCACAGUCUUCUGCCAGGAUUCCCGAGCCAAGGACAGAGUGGCGAUAGUGGGUGGAGUCUUCUUUAUCCUCGGAGGACUCCUGAGCUUCAUCCCUGUUGCUUGGAAUCUUCAUGGGAUCUUGCGGGACUUCUAUUCUCCACUAGUGCCUGACAGCAUGAAAUUUGAAAUCGGAGAGGCUCUUUACUUGGGCAUUAUUUCCUCUCUGUUCUCCUUGGUAGCUGGAGUCAUCCUCUGCUUUUCCUGCUCACCCCAGGGAAAUCGUUCCAACUACUACGAUGCCUACCAGGCCCAGCCCCUCACCACUAGGAGCUCUCCAAGACCGGGUCAACCACCCAAAGUCAAGAAUGAAUUUAACUCCUACAGUCUGACAGGGUAUGUGUGA